AUGAUAGACGUGCAACUUGAUGCAAAUGAAAAGGCGCGUUUGCGUCGUAAAGCAAGACAAGAAAAGAUUUUGGGACAUGAAUCAGAGCGUUUGACGAAAAUUAUGCAAGUUUCAUACCCCAGAUCUGCUUCAGAGACAAAAAAAGCGUCAGUUUCCCGUGAUGUAUUCUCAAAAACAGCAAACCAAAAAGAUGAUGAAUUUUCCGGGUCCUAUGGACAAAACGUGCUUGGAAAUCCACUGUAUCCUGGAGACGAUCCUUCUUUUGAUACAAAUAUGCUCGAUAUAAUGUCUUUUUUCGAAAAGAAUACUUCAUUUCUUCCAAAAGAUUUUUCGGAACCUGUAUUUCGUAUAUUUGCUCCGUUUUUAAAGAGUAUGUUUUUUUCAUACACAGAAAAUGGAUCCUUUCGGUCUCCAGACAACCCAGCCUCUUCUCCAGACUCUUCUGAGCCUAUUAUUGGCAUUUCUGUUGGUGAAAAAUGGUGGAAAAGAAUACAUUUUGUAUGGAUGGUAUUUUUUCUUUUUAAAGUCGUGCUAGGCCAUACCGGAUUCCUGGGGACGCUUGACGACCGAUUGUCACAUACUAUGGGGCAGGUAGGCUGUAUUUCUCCCCAAUUACCCUGCUCAGCGUCAUUUUAG